GCGUACUGACAUUCUUGUCCCAAUAUAGUUAAUAUAUAGUCUACAACUUGGCACAUCACUAAUCCAAUUCUAAAGAAGACUCAUCAUCACAAGUCGUCUUACAAUUUUUACUAUAAAUACUUUGGAAUCCCCAUAGCUUGAUAAAAAUCACAAAACCAAUCGAAAAAACCUCCAUCACACAGAAGAAGAAGAUAUAAGCUAUAAUGGCUGCAAGGAAACCGUCGGUGAGGCAUCCAAGCCACAACCAUCCAUUGCGUGGUCACAAAGCCCAAGUUGAAGAAGAGAUCAUCUGCUCUGGCUGCGACUUAGACCUGGUAGGUGCAGCUUUUAAAUGCACAAAGUCAGAAUGCGAUUACUUCUUGCAUAAGUCAUGUUUCGAGCUUCCACGAGAGACUCGUCACAAGGCUCACCCGAAUCACCCUUUGACCCUGCUUUUUUCCCCACCGUACGAGUCAACUUAUACGUGCGAUGCCUGCGGUGAGUAUGGAUCCGGAUUCACUUACAACUGCUCUACCUGCCAGUACGAUGUUCAUGUCGGGUGUGUGUCCAUGCCUGAGUCUGUGGAGCGUGAAGGACACGCGCAUCCGCUCACAUUGCUCUACCGUUCUCCUUACCAGAACGGUUUGAUAUUUAAUUGUGAUGUUUGUCAAGAAACUGUACCGGAUAACCUCUGGUCCUAUUACUGCAAGGAAUGUGAUUACGGCACUCAUUUACAUUCUUGCGCGGUAGAGGAGGAAGAAGAAGAAGAAGAAGAAGAAGAAGAGCCAAAAAGAGGAAGCGCAAGAGGAAACACAAACAACGGUGGAAAUAAAGGAUCAGGAAGGGGGUCAGCGGCUUCGGAGUUAGCAGCAAUGUUGGAAGCACAAAGGGAGAUGGAGAGGAUGCAGAUAGAGUUACAUAUGGAGAUGCAAAGAGCUAAGAUAGCGAAGAAAGCGAGAAAGGCUUGUCUCAAAUUGAUCUAAUUAAAAAAAGUUAAAAGGUUUAUAUUAUAAAUAAAAAAAAACUUGUACUGAUCAUAUGAAAUACGUUUCUCUCGAGCUAUCUCUUCAGGAUUUGUUGAUGCUUUUAAAACUCGUUUAAAUUGUAUCUUGUGGAUUUGGACGUUCUUGUUUUUUUCAUUGAAUUCUUGCAAGCUUUCAUGUUUGUUAUUAUAUUUUCCUUUGAAUAAAAAGCCUUUUUGACUUUA